AUGGCUACUAUCUCCAGGCCCUGGUAUAUCGUCCGUGAAAAAAGAAGUUCUACUUUUGAUUGCUUUGGAAUAUUUUGCACAAACCAUACUUGUUUUGGAUGCCUAAUGCCUACAAAAAGAAGAAAGGCUCCUCUGAAAGACAGUUCUUUGCAUAAGAGACUUGUCUUUGCAUCCCAGGUGGAUAUCUACGGUCGUGGGAAUUUGGAAUUAGUGGAAAACGCACAUCCUUUUCAAUGGCUGUCGAAGCGAUACAAAUUUUACCUGGCCUUUGAGAAUUCCAACUGCCGAAACUACAUAACAGAAAAAGCUUUUAUUAAUGCCUUGAGAGUUGCUUUCAACGAUGAAGAAAGAAUAGGUUUGUAUGGCACAUUAUAUUAG